CACAAGCAAGGGAUGGGGUUUUACAACAGGUCGGUUUCACAACUGUAAACGGGGCUUCAUCUCCUUCAGUACCACCCGUGACCACAGAUCUUUCUUUAGGGGGACUAUCACAGAAAAACAUCAUACAUAUUCAGCCCGAGUCGGAGGUGAAUCAUUUGACAGUUUUAUCGCGCCUUCUCUUUUUGGUCAAUAACCGUAAAAGAAACACUUUUUUUUCUGCGUUUCAUACGCAUCUUUGACUGACGAGAGACCGUGUAUGAUUGGGUAAGUUAACGUGAUUGUCUCGGUCGACGCAAACAAGUAGCAGAGUCGUCCACAGUCGCAGGCUCAGCUGCGUUUAUACACCGCUUACAUUGAGGACAAGUGUGGCCUGAGAAGUCUUCACCUACAAGACAAACAUUUCAACUAUGGAGUUGAGUUCAGUGAUUUUAACGACUGGAAGCUCCGUCGGGUUUUUCAGACUUGUCAACGCUGGGGUCACAAAACUCCCCAUGCCUGAAUCUGCCUGCAGGAAUGCAUGGAAAUGGAGAAAUAUCUCAACAUCCUGUGUGCACAGUCUUAUCACUGCGAUAUGGGCCGUGCUUUGCUUUUUCCUUCACCCACAAAUGGCUGAAGAUUUGAUAGAAACUCACUCUGUGUUUUCUCAUGCUUUGGUGUCGUUUUCAAUAGGUUACUUCAUCUAUGACUUCUUUGACAUGGUGCUGAACCAGAAGCUGAGUCAGUCCUGGGAGCUCCUCUUUCAUCACAUCGUGGUGAUCACCUGUUUUGGCCUCUCUGUGCUGUCAUGCCGCUAUGUGGGCUUUGCCGUGGUGGCCCUGUUGGUGGAGAUAAACUCUGUGUUCCUCCACCUCAGGCAGAUCUUGCGUAUGGCCAACAUUGCUACAGGUACGCUGUACCGGGUCAACAGCAUGAUCAACCUGGGCACAUACGUGGUGUUCCGCAUCAACACACUGGCCUGGAUGACCCGCUGGCUGGUGCUCAACAGGGACAAAGUGCCCCUCCUAGCUUACACGUUGGGCAGCGUGGGUAUGGCCAUCAUGACAGCCAUGAAUAUCGUCCUCUUUUAUCGGCUGCUCAGGAGCGACUUUUUGAAGAGCAGCACCCGGGAGACCAAGAAAGAGAAGGAGAUGUAGAGGAAAGGGGAGGAAGAGACACAUGAAGGAUUAGAUUCAUAAACACACUCAUUGCUGUACAUUAACACUCUGUGGCUGAGAUUUGGCACCGUUUUGCCUGUGUGUAAGUAUACUCAUAGCUGGGAGACGGAGGGAUCUUUCUAUCUCUUAUACUGUACAGGUACGUCCACGCAAGGUGUAAUCGCUGGGCCUAAUUCCAAACACAGAUCACACAGAGCCAUUGUGCUGAAAGCUACAUUUGCCUAUCAGUUGUAGUUUUGACAAUUUUGUCUUCAGUUCUUCUGUGUUCCAGUCAUCCUUAACUGCCAUGAGUGGCUCACUAAUGGUAGAUGGAGGAUUCUUCAUAUGAACAAUAUAAGGCCUUGUAAAACAACACCCAAAGCCUUAUUGUCCCACAGGGUGUUUCAGCUAAAUCUUUUCUAAAAUGUAGCUUAUGGUAAAUGAAUACGCACUGUUUGUAAAACAAACCCUCCAACACCCAUGUAUACAUGUAUACACUAUAUUGUAUAUAAUAUACAUCUAUGCUGUUGUGGGUUAUUUAAAAAUAAAAAAAAGUUUAUUUACCACUGAGUAAAAAAUAAGUAAACCCUUCUUUUGUGUAACACUAAUACUAAAGAGGUGACUAUGUCUCUUUUUUUUUUCCACCAAAUGUCCUCAACUAGAAACCGCCUGCUACCUCAGAAAGCUUGUAACACUUUUUUAGCCUCUUUAUAAAACAAGCUUUACUGUCAGUGUUUGGCAGGUUGUUUGUUAUUAGAGAAGAAAAACAUUAGGAAAAACGUCAGAAGAAGAACAAUUUUGUCUAUAGAAUAAGGAAAUCCAGCAAAUACCAAUCCUCUCUUGAGGAAAGAAGAGGGUACUCAGAUGAUGAAUAAAUACUAAAUACUUUGAAGUGGCAUUUAAAUGAAACAAAGCAGAUUUUACUUUGUUGACACAAUGCUAAUCUGCAUGAUAUUUAACAGCUUAACAAUCGCAGCCGCUUUAUGCUCUGUCAAAUCAUAUUAAAACAUCUUGGGAAAAGCAUUAUACAGAAUAACCCUGAAUUAUUAAAACCCUGAAAAUUAAAACAGCCUGCGCCCCUCAGAUCUGAUUGCCUGUCCACCAACCAAGAUGUUUCAUUAGUAGAUCUUGGCGGGACAAAACUAGAUCGUGUAGAUUAUGAUUUGAUUGGCACAUGGAUAAAUUACAAUGGUAAAAGGGAGAAAGGAUGCCACCUGAACUCCCAGCAGCCAUCACCAAUGACAUCAGUGUCCGUCACUGGUCUUUGUCAGAGGUUGUCUUGACAGCUCACACUGGCUGCUGCUUUCGUGAGUAGAAUUGAAAUCUGUAAAAUGACAGGAAACAAAACAAGCCAAAUCACAGUAGAUAGUGCCGUCUUACCACCUGAAAUUAAUAUCUCCAUGAUUUGUAUGCAUCUUUAUAGUGUCCCAUGAUUGUGUACAUGCUGCAGAAGGAGCUUUCAGACAGGCAGGAAUUGUUAUUCUUCAUUUGGCCUAUGGAGGACAGCAAACUCCUUAACAUCACCUCAGUGACCUCGACCCAGCCAAGACCACCAGAGAUGUCUUUAUUUUGUAACGUCUUUGUAGAUCUGUGUCAUUUUGACUUUUUAAUUAGACGUUGUCAAUUGUUAUUCACGUGGCUGCUACACAGCUGCCUACUCUUCCAAUUCGCAUCAUAACAUCACAGUCCUUUCAUGGCCUGCCAUGCCAUUCAUAUUGUGUGUUAAUGCUUUUUUUUUUGUGUAUAUUCAUUGUCUGACGGGUUAAAUUGUGUAUAUUUGUAAUUUAUUUGUACUUAAAAUAAGGUGUGGAUUAAAGAUGGAAUGAACACAGUGUUCAGUGAAUUCCCCUGUUGUGAAAAACCUUUGAUUAUAGUGAAGUUGAUUGUGUAAGUCAUGUUGUUGUGGGGCAUUUUGCCACCCAGUGUCUGAACUUGAAACUGUUGAGGCUGACGCCCUAAAACCAACAAUAUAACAAACACAGCUCUAUGUUCAGUGACACUGCAACAGACUUAUUUGUAGUUCAAAAGAAAAUUAGACCCAAAUUUUAUAUUUAGAAUCAGCUGUAAACACUGAGAUGGCAGUCUAUUAGGAGCACCUAGCUAAAUCCUACCUUCAUGAAGGUUAUAAUGUUCAGUUUGUAUUGAAAUUGUUUAAGAGAGGGGCUGAUUCCACUUGAUCAUAAUUUUGGAGGAUGAUGAUGAUAUUAAUGAGUAUAGGCUAAAUAACAGAAACCUCUCUGAAUAAUGCAAUAAAACAGUAGCUCAAACAUCUUCCAAAAUUAUCACAUUUGAAUCAACAUCUCUUUAAUGCUAUUAAAAAAAACUGAACAUUAUAAGUGUCAUGAAGGUAGGUACAGCUGAACUGCUGUAUUAGACUGCAUUAGUUUCAGCUAGGUGUAGCUAAUAAACAGCCAGAUGGCUGUAUUUGUAUUCGACAAAUUUAUCCCUAUCCACGUUUAAAUCAAGACAUCACUGCACUAAACAAACAGCACUGUUUGGGAGGAGGGCAGUAGAUUUUGAAAUGCUGUUGCUGAUUUCCAGUUACUUUUUUUAAAGAUCAAGAGUAUCUCCCUUUUGAGUUUUUAUUGUGAAUUUAGAUUUGCAUUUUUUUUUCAAUUCUUAAAAUUUUUAGGGCAGCUUUGUGGUUGUAGUGAAGACAACUGAAGUUCUUUCUAACAAACAAGCUUAUGUUUGUGAAUGUUUUGUAUGAGGCUGUAAUGUUAUUGGGAUUAUACAUGUAUGAUACCAGAUUUGUUCGUUUAUGUUGCUCUGUGCUUUUAGGAAUUGUGAUCAAGCAUAGCGGCCAAGUCAAGAUGCUUCCUCAUAUGAAUGUUGUAAUGACGAUGAUGGACCUUUGUCCAAAAACAUGCUACUGUACUGCUCCCUUCACUCUAAUUCCCAGUCUUUUCGCUACCUGUAUGGCUCGGAUCACAAAACCUGAGUGUCCAAAGGCCACAGGAUGAUGUUAUGGCUUUAUACGUUUGUGGGUAAUGGACACAAGGAAAAUAAUGUCAAGAUGUAAUUGCAGAGAAAGUGGCAGCACUUAUGAACUCGUAUUGCCAUAUAGCCUCAUACUCCUCAUCAUACAUGAUGAAUAUGAUGGUUGACUGCAUUAGUCUUCAUAAUUUUUUUAUUAGUUCCAUUACCAGAGAAUAAGAAAAGCACCAUUUCUUUAUCACAACCAACAAGUAAGACCAGUUUUAUUUCCUUGUUUGUUUAUUUAUAGACUUCUCUUUGUCUGGUGACUGGUGAAAUAUUGAACAUUGUUAACGGUUCAAAAAUUGAAAUUCCUAACACAAGUAUUGACACUCUGCAGAUUGUCAAUGACUGAUAAACCCUGCAUGAAGGGGAAAAACCUGGAAUAGUGAAACAACCAACACUAACUGAGGUUCUGAAAACAAAAUCAUCUGCUGUCUCAGAGCAUCAAACUGUCAUGUUUCACAGAAUUUUGUUUUUAAGUGUAAAUAUAACAAUUUUAUUUUUUCAUGUUUUGGCAGAGAUUGUUUUGUAAUUAAACCUACCAUUUAUAUGUUUAUAUAAUAACAAUAUUUGUUUAACGUGAAAAUAAAGAUCAAGGAAAUUGA